AUGUACGAUGAGACCGAUGACGACGAUGACACUGAUGACGACCAUAAGAAUGACGACUAUAAUGAGACUAAUAAAGAAGAUGAAGAUGACGACGACAACAAUAACGAUGAUGGAAAUGACGACGACAACGACGAUGAUGAAAAUGACGACAACGACGAUGAUAAAGACGGUGACGAUGAUGACAACGAUGAUGUACACAGCAGAUCUCCAGAGCGGACCACACCAACAUCAGUGCAACUCCAUCACCGAUCCUCACUGAUCGACGCGAUGGACCUGGCCGUCGAUCACAGGAUCAAAGCUUUCUGCGGGCCACUGCAGCUACGGCAUAAACUUGAAGUUCAUAUCCAGUCAUCUCCAGAGAUCAAUAUUCUCCCACCCAAGUAUGGUGGAGUGAACACUAUCCCGCAAGUGCAGUCAAAAAUGAUCGAAAUCCCAAGUAGACCUGCUCGCAGGUCAGUUUGGAAGAGGUCCAAAAGACGCGUCUGGAAAUGUUUCGUGAACGUGGCACGUAGAAUAUGUUUCUGCCAAAGUAUUGUGAACGUAGAAUAAUUUAUGUUCAACCUUCUAUGCUCGUACCAGUAGUAACCACAGUCAGCCUGAACUAUUUGGAGUACCGUUAACUACCAUUCAAAUUGACGGUUUGCACAUUUUUAUUAACUUUUUUCGGAACUAUUUUUUUUAAAAUUACAACUUUUUUGAAUUCUUUGUAUUUGUAUUCACA